AUAUAACUUCUAUCAUAUCAGACUGUUCUUGUCGUGAUUGAAGUCCUAGUUUCUUUUCUCCUUGGCGUUUUCUACGUGCAGUUGUACAGACCAAAGAAAAACAAAACAAAACUUAUAACAUAAUAGGAAGGUGCCAACCCAAAGGAAAGGCACAAGAGGAAAGCAAGCGAUGUAAUAAUAAUCGUAUCAGACAAAACUAAAAUUUAGAAUUGCAGAACAAAAAAAAUGGGAGAAAAAGAAGAGAAGAAAGAGAAAGGGGAGGAAAUCAUCACGGCCGUUUACAAGGUUCACCUUCACUGCCGGAAAUGUGCAUGCGACAUCAAAAAGCCUCUCCUUCGAUUCCAAGGGGUUCAUAAUGUGGACUUUGAUUUGGAGAAGAAUGAGAUCAAAGUAAAAGGGAAAAUAGAAGUCGUGAAGAUUCACAAGCAAAUCGAGAAAUGGAGCAAGAAAAAAGUUGAGCUCAUCGCUCCCAAACCUUCUGAGGUUAAGAAAACCACCACUACAACCACAACAACUACUUCUGUGGAAGAAAAGAAGACCACCGAGGUCAAAAAGGAAGUUAUUCGUACGACAGUACUAAAGGUACACAUUCAUUGCCCACAGUGUGACAAAGAUCUUCAGCACAAACUCUUGAAACACAAAGCUAUUCACAUCGUGAAAACUGAUACAAAGGCGCAAACCCUAACGGUACAAGGGACUAUAGAUACCGCAAAACUUUUAACCUAUAUAAAGAAGAAAGUUCACAAACAUGCAGAGAUCGUAAGCUCAAAGACCGAAGAAGAGAAGAAGAAGGAAGAAGAGGAUAAGAAGAAGAAGGAAGAAGAGAAGAAGAAAGAAGACGAGAAGAAGAAAGAAGAGGAGAAGAAGAAGAAGGAAGGAGAGGAAAAGAAAGAAGAAGUAAAAAUAGAAGUGACCAAAACGAUUACUCAAGUUGUGGAAUUUAAAGAGAAAGUAAAAGUUGAGGGCCAAAAAGAUAAAGAUGGAAACAUACCUUACUUUGUCCACUACGUAUACGCUCCACAAUUGUUCAGUGAUGAAAACCCUAAUGCUUGUUGCAUUGUCUAGUUACAGUUGCAUAUGUUUGUAAUAUUGUUCACGUGAAAUUAGACAGUAUAACUAUCAUAUAAGUUAUACUUAAACCAAUAAUGAUGAUGAUGUGAUAUUGUACUAGAAAUUAAGAAUCAUCUAUAAAAAGGGAUAUAUAAUUUUGCUCUUGGAUGAUGGCAAAUCGAAGUAAAUUAGUUAAAGCUAUGAUAUUUUAGGGGAAAAAUAAUGUUUGUAUUCUGCUUAACAAAA